AAAAUAUAUAACAAACUUUGAGUUUGUAAAAGCAAUAUCAGAAUAUGCUUUUUGUGAACUUUUUUAAAAUAUAAUUUAUAGUUUGGAGAACUAGUGCAUCACAUGACUAGCUUAUAACAAUGCUUUUAGUCUUUGGAUUGAUAUACAAUUAAGAAUUAUAAAAUUAUCUGAACGCUAUUAAGCAAGACUUUGUCACUAGGGACAAGAGACAACAUAAAGACUUUGUGAAGAGCAUAAUCAUGGCUUACCACAAACUUAAAGUCAAAGUCACAAAAACGUGAAACCCACCUGCCAAAAAAACAUCCAAAGUCCGUGGCUACAAAAGAGAACCCACCUGAGGCACAGAGCAACAAACACCCUAUUCUUCUCUCAGAACUUGCUUUCGGUUAACCCAUAGCAGUAGCACGAGAUGAUAGCCACAUCAUCAUUACUUACAUUCAACCAGAAGAUUAUGCAGCGUUGCAGGAAACUCCUGAUCCGACUCACCAGUAGCCGUCCCAAACGCCAUUACCGGCAUUUGAAACUUCACAAGCCUUCUUCUUCAUCAUCUGGGAAGAAAGCCACCAGAGUAGUGUCUGCGUUCUUCCUGACCUUCCAAAAGAAGAAGCAGAAGAAGGAGAAGAUGAAGCGGCUUAACGAACUCAGGAGUUUCUCCGAUUCCGUCAGUGAUAAGAAGGCUGAAUCAAGAAAAAAGGGAUUCCCAUCUAGUCUCACAACGUCUUGCAUUGGUCAAGGGAAGAAGGCUCAUUCACAAAAAGUCUCACAAGAUCUUGAUGCACCUAGAGACAGCACAAGUGCAUUCCUGCCAUGACUAGGCGAGAAGAUCAUCUGUAUUGCUUUUCAACUUGAUAUGUGAUGUGGACGUUUUAGGAUCUCUCUCUCAGUGUCAAUACUUCUUUUACACUAUCAGAAUUUGUUAUGAAUGCAAAGUUAAUUCUUUGUAGUGCAGAUUUGAUGCGUAUGAUUCAAAAAUAUAUAUAUGAAAGAAGACUUUGAAUUGGAAACAGAAAUGAUUAAAGUACAAGAAUCCAGAUAAUUUUCCAAACGAAAGAGAAGAUAGACAUCAAUGUUUUUGUAUACAUCUAUCCCUAAAAGCACGGACCAAUGGCUUCAUUCCAAUCCCCCCAACCUUGGCGGCAUAAUCAAAACUCACCGCGCUUCUAACCAGGUGAAUAUCCUUGGAUCAGCUCUCUGCAAAAUCUCUCUUGUUUGAUAUGAC